AUGAAGCCUCAGGACCCACAGGAAUGGGAGGCCGCUGGUAGUGAGUACUCAGAGAUCAAGAUCCACAAGGAGGGGGCUGAGGGCCAGAGGGAGCCCUGGGAAAACAACAAGGGUUACCAGCUGCAAGUGCCGGAGCUGGUGAGGGUGCAGGAGGGCCUGUGUGUGCGGGUGCCGUGCACUGUCUUCUACCCCCGGGAUGGCUGGACUGAUUCUACCUCAGCUCACGGCUACUGGUUCCAGGAAGGGGCCAGUGCACACCAGGAUGCUCCAGUGACCACUAACAACCCAGAUCGAAAAGUGCAGGAGGAGACCCAGGGCCGAUUCCACCUCCUUGGGGACCCCUGGACCUACAACUGCUCCCUGGACACCAGAGACACCAGGAGGAUAGAUGAUGGAAAAUACUUUUUUAAGGUGGAGAGAGGAAGUGCAAAAUGGAAUUACAUAUCUAACCAUCUCACCGUGAGUGUGAUGACCCUGACCCACAAACCCGACAUCCUCAUCCCAGGGACCCUGGAGGCCAGCUGCCCCAGAAACCUGACCUGCUCUGUGCCCUGGGCCUAUGAGCGGGGCACGCCACCCAUCUUCUCCUGGAGGACAGCUGCCCUCACCUCCCUGGGCCCCAGGACCCACCUGUCCUCAGUGCUCACCCUCACCCCACGGCCCCAGGACCACGGCGCCAACCUCAUUUGUCAAGUGAAGUUCCCUGCAUCUGGUGUGAUCAUGGAAAGCAGCAUCCAGCUCAACAUCACCUGUGUUCCAGAGAACCCAGCUAUUGGUGUCUGUCUCGGGUACGGCACAGGUAGGAAGGAACCCCUCCCAGGCUGUAGGGAGCAGGGCCUCUUCCAGCUCAGGGCAGGGCUGGAUCCCUGCCUCACCAUGGACUCACUCCAAUGAC